GCGACCCUGCAGCAGGAGCGCACCCGAAAAUUGUUCGAGAAAUACGGCCUCACCCUGAGCGAGAACGAAUGGCAACCGCCGCCAUCCGCGCCCACCAGCGUCAAGCGCGUCGAGAAGCCCAUCCGCAUGCGCGUCCGCCGCAACUGCCAUCGCUGCAACACCGUCUUCGCCGGCGACAAGGUGUGCUCCAAGUGCGAGCACAAGCGGUGCAAGAAAUGCCCCCGCCAUCCGUCGAAGAAGCCUAAGGACGGCGCCGCCGAGAAAAAGCCGUCCGCGCCGCCCAAGCACAAGGAUCCCGUCAUCAUCACCCGUGGGAGCCGCCACUUCGUGCGCCAGAUCAAUCUGAUGAAGUACACCUGCCAUCAGUGCGAGACGGACUUCCGCCCAUCCCUUAAUACGUGUGAGCGCUGCGAGCACGCGCGCUGCCCCCUGUGCCCUAAGAGUCGGGCGAAAUUCUUCGUGCCGGGCGAGGAGGAGGAGGUGGAGUUGUUGCCGGCCGUGAAACGGGUGCAUAAGAAGCCGAGACAGCGCGUACGGUGGACAUGCGAGGCGUGCGCCACCACCUUUGUCGAGCGGUCGAAGAAGUGCGAGAAGUGCAACCAUGAUCGGUGUGACAAGUGCAUACGAAAGCCUCCAAAGAAGGUUCCUAAGGAACCCGACCCGGCCGUCAUCGAAUCGGUCCAGAGGAAACUGGCUGCAAUAUCGAUAAGC